AUGUUUUCCACGCAAUUCGUGUUUAAUUAUGUGUUGGAAAAUGCCUUACAUAUAUGGGGUAAUAUCAGGGAGAGACUGAAUUUACCGGCCGGACCGGUAGGCCUACCAGUAGUCGGGUAUUCGGUAUUCCUGGGAAAACAUCCCCACAGAGAUAUAACCAAAUUGGGUGAUAAAUAUGGAUCUGUUUUCACGUUACAAUUGGGAGUGAAUAAUGUGGUCGUUCUUAACGAUUGGGAGGCUGUGAGGGAUGCCCUCAAUAAGGAUGCCUUUUUAGGCCGACCCUUUCACAGUCCGUUCACUGCAAUCGCCGAAACUAAAAGUUUAGCCGAUGAAAGUGGGGAAGUAUGGAGGGAUCAGAGGAGGUCUGCCCUACAAAUUCUCCGAGACUUAGGCUUCGGGAAGGGCUCUAUGGAGGACAGGAUCACCGAUGAGAUCAGUUAUCUCACGAAAUGUAUCGAUGAGACUAAUGGUGAGCCCAUGAAUAUCCACGAAGUACUGGUGCCGAGUAUGUCCAACAAUAUCUGUCACCUGGUGUUUGGCCACCGAAUGGACUUCAAUGAACCCAAGAGACAGCUAUUUGACAAACAGUUAGAUCAAGCGGUGUCCAGAAUAUCCGUAAUAGGAGUGCUGGCGAUGUCUCCCAUUUGGUUCAGUAAAUUGUUUUUUAAGCUAGGUGGUUCGUUCAAUAAAAAGGUUUUCAACGCCGUGAUUAGCAUAUUUGAAUCGGAGAUAUCGUCGCACCGGAAGUCUUUGGACACCAAUAAUAAGAGGGAUUAUAUCGACGGAUACUUAGCGGAGAUGGAAGUGAGACAACGAAAGGAUCCCAACACUCACUUCACCCUGAAGAGAUUAGAUUCAAAUGCCAGAGCAUUCUUCGGGGCCGGCAGUGAGACGGUGCGGACGACCACUGAAUGGCUGUUAUUACUGUCCGUCAGAUACAGCGAACACCAGAAGAGGGUUCACUCAGAGAUCGAUUCUGUGGUCGGAAGAGAUCGGAGUCCCUGUUAUGCCGACAGACUUCAUAUGCCGUUCACUCAGGCGUUCAUUAACGAAGUGAUGAGAUAUAAGACUACUAUUCCCGUAAAUCUGAUGAGAAGGACAACAGAGGAUACAUCAGUUUUGGGUCAUUUCAUACCAAAAGACACACAAGUUUUAGCCAAUAUAUGGGCCGUUCAUAAUGACCCCAAAGUAUGGCAUAAACCGCAAGACUUUAAUCCGAAUCGAUUCCUCACAAGUGAUGGCAAACAAGUGAUUAAAAUCGAUGCUUUCAUACCAUUCUCUUACGGUAAACGCAAUUGUGUUGGCGAGACGUUAGGACGAGUGGAGGUAUUCCUGUAUUUCGUAUCACUUCUACAGAAAUACACAAUAAGUGCAGCAAAUGAUGAGAUGUUGACUCUGGAGGAGAGGUUUGGCCUAUCGUUACAACCCAAACACAAACCAAUUCUUAUAUUUAAUAAUCGGUACUAAGUUUAUGCCGACUGUUAAUG